AUGGAAAUGUAAUAAAUACGAAAUAUUCGACUGGUUGACCUUCCAACACCGUCGAGUCCAUUUGCCUCUCUCUCUCUCUCUCUCUCUCUGCAGUCGAUCAGCUCUCCAAUGGCGAACAGUAAUCUUCCUCGGCGAAUCAUAAAGGAGACUCAGCGCCUUCUCAGUGAACCAGCUCCAGGAAUUAGUGCUUCGCCUUCGGAAGACAAUAUGCGGUAUUUCAAUGUGAUGAUACUUGGUCCUACACAGUCUCCAUAUGAAGGGGGAGUCUUUAAGCUGGAAUUGUUUUUACCGGAAGAAUAUCCAAUGGCUGCUCCAAAGGUUCGGUUCCUCACCAAAAUAUAUCAUCCCAAUAUCGACAAGCUUGGCAGGAUAUGCCUUGACAUUUUGAAGGACAAAUGGAGCCCUGCACUGCAGAUCAGAACUGUACUUUUGAGUAUUCAAGCUCUUUUGAGUGCUCCAAACCCCGAUGACCCCCUUUCUGAGAACAUUGCUAAACAUUGGAAGACGAAUGAAGCUGAGGCUGUUGAAACUGCCAAGGAGUGGACCCGAUUGUACGCAAGUGGUGCAUGAGACCUUGUGGAGAGCCCUUGCCUGUUUCAAGUAACACUCCAACGAUGUGUACCUUAAUUAACUGUUGAUUGCGAACAGGAAGAUGAAAGAAUCAACGUUUGAACAAUGAAGGUUUAAUAUUUGUCAGUUUCAUAUCAGGAAUCAAUCUUGUUUUACUUUGGUUGUCAUAUUCUUAGAAGCAUUAUCUUCGUCA